CAUUUUUUCGUAAAAAUGGGGCCGAAACACCCUCUAUGAAUAAUGUCUAGGCAAAGACGGAAAUAAACGAUCGGCGCGCCCCUAUCCUUCGCCACAACAACGCACUUCCGCUUCCACCCACCUGCCCACCGAAGCGAUAGCAGAAAUACCAAUUCCACACAAGGGGCCUACUGAACAAUUUGCCUGUAGCUAAAGGGGAAAGAAGGUGAAUACAAAGGGCUGGCUAGGGAGACGCAGAAAGAUAGAGAGAGAUGAAUAAGAAAUUUGGAGGGAAGCAACCCACGGGAACUCCAUCGUUGGCAUGGUCGUGUGUCGUUGUUGUUGUGUCGCUUCUCACUGGCGCUUCUGUUGUGCAUAAUAUAUACAAGCCUGAUUUGACACUGCCUCCUGGAAGCACCCAUGGGGCUGAGCCGGAAGAAGUAGAGAAGAUAUGAAUUUCAAAAUUCAUAUUUGAUAUAUGAGCACGAUGAAACUAAAAGUGUAAUGCGUUUUAUAUUUCAUUUUGCAUUACUUGUGAUGCUAGAAUCCUUUGUUUCCGAGCAAAAGGAAAUGAUUUUAUUAUUAAAAAAUCAGAAUGGGCAUUCCCUUGCAUCAGUAUAAUUACAUGACUGUUAAAGCAUGACACCAAGUUUUGGUCGCAGACUGAAGCAACCAUAAGUUGCCAAUUUUGCUUAGUAUUUCUGUUUCACACUA